CAUUCUGGGACUUGUAUAUAAAGCAUGCAUGAGCACAUAGAACAACAAGUUUCUGUUCCGCGAGGCUUCUUUUUAUGCGAAUGAGCACCUGAUGACAUCAUGGAUUAGAAGCCAUAGAAUGGCAACUAUGACAUCAACUACACAAACAGAACCCGUUCAUCCCCUAGGGAUGAGUUUCCCCAACAGCAAGGGGGUGUAAUUAAACCGUUUGAAGAAUAAGCCUACCACACAAGUGAACAACUUGACCCUGUAUAAAAAGCUGAUUUGCCUUACUCUGUGCUGCAGCCAUGGAUUUCCCAAAGGUGGUUGGACUUGCAUGGGAAAAGUCCCGCAUGGGUCCCGAAUCUUCAUCAUCUUCAGGAAACUCAGGAAAUGAAAGCGAUAAUGAUUACGAACGCAAUCAGGCUGGUCGCAAUGUUGCAACCUACAAAAACGAAGCCGCUAUUUCUACCAUCGAUGAAGUCCCCCCCGCUGUGCAGAAUGUGUUGGAUAAAAUUGAGCUGGCCCAGCUGGAAAGAGCAAAGAAGGAUGUUUCUAAGAAGCUGUUUCGCAUUCUGGACAAUGUGAAUCGGGCCUAUGAACACUACAAAAAGGAUGACGGGCUCGAUCCUGAGAUUGAAAGGGACUACUACCAUUCACAAACCUGGGAAGAGACGAGCCGCCGGGCUCAUUUUUUGGAUGGAAUUGAUGACGUGCUAGAUGAGAGCGUCUUCAAAAUACAGGAAUUAAAGGCAGUGCUGGAGGCGCUAAAAUUCUGGCAUGAAAUGCUGAAAGCGGUUGAACGAGAAGAAAAAGUCCUUGCCACUAAUGACAUAAUUGAAGAGAUGGAGGAGAAAAUCCAGAAUUUUAUCAGUGCAAUGGACUCAAAGAUUCAGCAUCUAAUCAAACUAUUCCGCCCACUUUUAGAAGGCAAAGCUAAGCAGAGACGGAAGUCAGGUCACAGAAAUGCCAUGUUUAAAACAUGGAGAGACAAAGUGGCCGAUGCGCCCCAGGAAGGGGAGCCUAUUACAGCAGAGCGGAUGUUGGACGAUGACCCUCUUACAUUCAGCCGCACUAAUGAGCUCAACAACAUGAUGCAAGAAAUGGUAGAUUCUCCGACUUUUUUGAAAAUAGAGCAUCCAGCAGUCAAGUACAUUGUAACCAUGGUGGCUAACCUAGCUAAGGCCUACAGCCUUCUAGGGAAGCAGUAUCGCAGCCUUAAAAUCAAGUGUGAAACCGAGAGCGCCUUGGAAAGCAAGAAGCCAGACCCACACGUUGCAACUCUGCAAAGGGAGCUGCGAACGGCCCUAGAGAGGAAAACAGCAAUGGAAAUUCAAGUCCACACCGUUGAAGAGAUGUGCAAGACACUCAUGAUUACUAACGAAGCAUUGCACAGGGAGCUGCAGGAGGCAAAUGAGAGAGCAAUGGUGGCACGCCAAGCCCCCCUCAGACCUGCUGUAAGUAGGAAUCCUGAGAAACUUCCCACAGGGAGUAUGAAAGAUAUGAAGGAAGUCAAGAGUGAGAAAGAAAUCAAGGAUGAGAAAGAAAUCAAGGAUGAGAAAGAAAUCAAGGGUGAGAAAGAAAUGAAAGAUGAGAGAUAUAUGAAGCUCCACACUGAGCUCGCAGGAAUGAGAAGUGUGAAAGCUGAAGAAAAGGGCACUUAUGAGGAGAGUACAAAACUCCACACUGAACUUGCAGAAAGUAGAAGUGUGAAAGUUGAAGAAAAGGGCACUUAUGAGAAGAGUACAAAACUCCACACUGAGCUUGCAGAAAUGAUAAGUGUGAAAGUUGAAGAAGGGGGCACAUUUGAUGAGUCACCCAGGCAGCAGAAACCCACGGUUGAAACCAUUGACCCUGACCAGCUGCAAGAAACACCUUCCGAUGCAGAAGUACCUCUGACGUUUCUUUCAGUAAGAGCUCGGGACAGCAAAACUGGACUGUCACGACUGACAGUUGUAGGCCCGACGUCCUCAGACCUGUCACAGGCAUCCUCUGAGCUAUCACAGAUAUCGUCCGACGAAACGGGAGACACAGAAGCUGCUGGAAAAGAAACAGCAACAGCAGCACCUAGCAAAUUUGCAGGAAAGAAACGGGGGUCAAGGACAGCUGCCUGGAAAAAAAUACAAACAGCCCUUUUGAAAACGCCGUCACCACAAAAAUUGGCUGGCAAAAGCCACCAAGAACCUGAAGGGGAGCAAGCUCCCCAACAGCCAGCUGAAAGCCCUCCCCCUAAGCCCAUUCUCAAACGGGUCACCAAGGAGAGUGUCGGUGAAGCGGAAGUCGAAGAAUCAUCUCAAGAGCCAGCAGAAGGACUCCCAAGCCCCCCAACAAAGCGCAAGUUCUCCAUUAAAAAGACGGCAGGGCAAUUGGUCAAGGCUGUCAAAGAGAGGAAGGUGGUCAAGUUUGACGACGAUGAGCCGACUCAAGAGCCUGAGACAGCUCCAGGUGUCCAGAAGGAGGAGGGCGCAGAGGUCCCAGGGGAAAGCUCAUCACCACAAGCAGGAGAAGCCGAGGAAUCAAGCCAUGAGACAGUAGGCAGGCCCAAAGGGAAGAAGCGCCCCAGCAGAAGCGGCCCAGCAGGUGUGCCACAGCCAAAGUGGGCAGAGAAGACAGGAGAUGUCAUCCGUGGUUUAGGCAAAAAGCUGCAAGAGCUUGCUAGCGAUAGAGGUGGUGUGUUAGAUGCAGAGGCUCUCAAAAGCAUUUUUGAGGAAUUGGGCGCAACCUAUCAAGACACAGUGCAGGAAGAGAAGCCCGAAAGUCGUGGCGAUGUUCCAGGAGAAGUGCCUGAAGGCCGUGUCAGUGGUCCAGCAGAGGAGGCUGGAGGCAGCCCCGUAGACCAGGAGGAUGCACUAUUCACUGUAGAAAUCCCCACGUUGCCUUCUGCAUUUGUGCAGAAAAGGCAAAGAUACUCAAUUGUUGAGGAACUCCCUGGACAGGAUACAAGCUCUGGGCUGCAAGAAUUUCAGGAGGUCAUCCUUGCUUGCUUAGAUGAGAAGAUAGAGAAGUUAAAGAGGAGUCUCUCAGGCAGCUGGAAGCCGUCAGCAAAAUCCCAGCUCACACAUACACUAAGCAAAGAGAUCUCCGAGGCAAUAGACAGAAAACUGGAUGAAUGCAUCCUGAUGAAGCAGAAAGUAUCUGCUGGACGGAAGAAACAGAAGUUUGCAAGGAGCACAGAGGGCACAGAGGUUGAGUUGGAAGAGGAAGAUGGGAAGGGAAUCAAACUUCCAUCUUUGUCCUUUAGCAGUCCUGUGGUGUCCCAGGAGUCUUCAAGUAGCUCUUUCAGCUCUGGGACGGAAUGGGAUCAAGAAAUGACAACAGGACAGGCCUCGCCCUUCAAGUCCCAGCGACAUCAAAGAAAGAAGAAGGAGGAAGAAGAAGAAAAAGAAGAAGAAAAAGAAAAAGAAAAAGAAGAGCAGAAAGAAGAAGAGUUGUGGAGAGACGAGAAGGAGCCCCAGUUGCAAGUGGAGGAAGAAGACUUGACCAAGGUUUCACAUCCCAUGGAAGGAGAACAACCUCCAGAACGUCAGCCUGAUGAAGCAGAUGUGCAAGCCAAGGUCUCGUGGCAGGAAUUGGAAAAGGAAUUGGCAAAACAAUCUUCUGCAGAAAAACUUAAGCAUGCCCAGAAAGGAAAAGGGCCAUGGCGCAAAGAGAGCAAGUCAGAUUUGGAAAGUGAUAGCUCACGGGAGCUCAGCAGAGAAAAGCAGCUUUGGUACUUGCAAAUCCAGGAGCAGCUGCAGGAGGAGAAGCAGCGGCUGCAUGAAGAACAGGCCCGGCUGCAGGAGGAACGCCACAGGCUGCAAGAGGAACAAGAAUACCAGCUGCAUUGGCAGGAGAUGUGCGAGGGGCAGCGGCAGCAGUGGGAGCGGGAGAAGGAGCAGCAGAAGGAGCAGGAGCGCAUGUGGCAGGCGCAGGCCGAGCACUGGCAGCUCCUGCAGCAGCAGAACGAGGAGCAGGAGCAAUUCUGGGCCAGGCAGCGGGAGCAGCAGAAGGAGCAGCAGGACCUGUUGCAGAAGGCGGUUGAGCAGCUGCAGCUGGAGAAAAGGGAGCUGCUGGCGCUGCGAGGGAAGCAAGCAGAGGAGCAGUGGCGCUGGAGCCAGCUGAAGGAGCGGCACGAGAAGCAGCAGCUCCUCUGGCAAGAGGAGGACAUGGAGCAGGAGAGGAAGAGGAGCCAGUGGCAGGAGCAGCUGCAGCUGCAGGAGCAGCGGAUGGAGGCCCUGCGGCAAGAGCAGCAGGAGCGGGAGGAGGAGAACUUGCGGUGGCUGCAGGAGCAGAAGGAGAAGCAGGAGGAGAUGGAGCGCCUUUGGGAGAUGCGCUGGGAGCAGCAGUUGCUCCGCUGGCGCCAUCAGAUGCAGAUGCAGAGGCUGCAAGUCCAGAAAGUGAAGAUGAAGCAGCAGCAGAUGCAGAAAGAAGAAAAGGCCUUGCUUCCCAAGCUGAAAGUGGUGGAAGGUGCAAUUCUGGAUCAAUUUUCCAAGCGAUAUAAGAUUGCUUCCCCCCGCAAAGAAAGGCGAUAUGCUUCUCCUAGCCCCCUGCUAAGCCCCGUGCCGAGUUCACAGUUUGACGAGGAUACCUAUGAGCUGGAAUCCACUUGGUUCCCCAGGCUGUUCACCAAAGCGGAGGAGUUUGCUGCACCCGGCACCACAGAGAAGCGCUACUGGAUAAACGUGGAAGCUCAGAGGAGAAACCUGGAGGUGUUGGGGGAAGCUGUCCGGAAGGCUGGCAUCUCCCCAGAACUCUACACCCUCACCAAAGGGAUAAUCAAGCAAGCAUUGCACAGCAAUGUGGAAAGGCUGGCUUUGCUCUUCCGGAAAUACAUCGCCUUCCGCCAUCUCCAGCAGGUCAGAGAAACCUUACUUAUGCGGUUGGAGGUUGCCAAAGAAGCCAAGGACGGUGUUAGAAUGCAGGUUUUGUACAAGAUGGUAGACAAGCUAGAUGCUCAUCAGAAAAGAGUUAUGGGGCACUGGACUGUUAAACAGAUGAUGGCAGAGAAGCAGCGUCGGCGCUGCCUUCAAAGGAUGAUUGCCUUGUUUGCUCAGCUCCGCUUGAGCGCAAAACUCCAGCUUACCAACCCAUGCCCCUUGUUGAUCAAAGCAGGAGAUAGAACCAAGAGGGAAAGCAUACACGUGCCCAACAUUGGACCUGUCUUCCUGAAGCCCAGAACCCACCCAAGCCCCUUGGUUUGUGCAAAGAAACAACAAGAUUUAACAUUUUCAGCUACAAUCAGGGAGCAAAGCGGUGAACAGAUAGAAUCAUUGUGGAAGACGGAUAUCACGGAAUUUAGUAUCCCACUUGGACCCAAAGAGCCUGUCUCUCUGAUGUGGUCUGAGGCAUGCGGCUUUCCGGAUAUCCCUAGACUUUUGGAACUAGACAUUUCCUCCAUUAGGAAGCAACCCUUACAGAAGAUCAAGACUCGGAUUCAGAACAUUCCCAGGUGGAAGUUAUCUGGAUAUAAUUUUAUGCAUUUGUAAUUUAGAUAGUAAUUCAUUCAGAGUGUCAGUGUGUAAUUUAAUCCAAUAUGUAAUAUAUCUAUAACACAG